AUGAUCGUCCUCCGAAGUCCGAAAGGCUGGACUGCCCCGAAAGAAGUCGACGGCAAGCGCCUGGAAGGUUUCUGGCGGGCGCAUCAAAUCCCCAUUACCGACGUUAACACAAAUGAGAAGCAUCUCAAGGUACUGGAGGAUUGGAUGAGGAGUUAUAAACCGGAUGAGGUAUUCGAUAAAUCCGGGAGACUGAUCCCCGAGCUUCGAGAACUAGCUCCUAUAGGUGUAUCUCGAAUGAGCGCGAACCCGAUCGGUAACGGCGGUCUUGUUCGCAGGCCUCUCGAUAUUCCUGAUUUCCGGACGUACGGACUUCGCAAUAUUGAGCCGGGAGUCACCGUGCGAGGCAGCAUGGUCAACAUGUCUACGUUCCUUCGGGACGUGAUGGCCCAAAACAUCAAGACCUUCCGUUUGUUCGGGCCCGACGAGACCGAAUCCAACAAGCUCGCCAAGGUCUACGAGGCUGGCAAGAAGGUCUGGAUGGCCGAGUACUUUGACGAGGACACAGACGGGGGCAAUCUCGCCUUCGCCGGGCGCGUGAUGGAAAUGCUUAGUGAACAUACUUGUGAGGGCUGGCUGGAGGGAUACGUGCUAUCCGGCAGACAUGGUCUACUCAACAGCUACGAGCCAUUUAUCCAUGUUAUCGACUCCAUGGUCAACCAACACUGUAAAUGGAUUGAAAAGUGUCUAGAGGUGGAAUGGCGGGCGAAGGUGGCGUCGCUGAAUAUCCUUCUCACUGCGACCGUCUGGCGACAAGAUCAUAACGGAUUCACCCAUCAAGAUCCCGGGUUCCUCGACGUUGUCGCUAACAAGAGCCCCGAAGUCGUUCGCAUUUAUCUCCCCCCAGACGGAAAUACUCUCCUCUCGGUGACGAACCACUGCCUCGCAAGCGUCAACUACGUCAAUGUGAUCGUCGCCGACAAGCAAGACCACAUCCAAUUCCUGAACAUGGAUGAAGCGAUCGCCCACUGCACCAAGGGUGCCGGCAUCUGGGACUGGGCUAGCAACGACCACAACGUGGAGCCCGACGUUGUCAUGGCCGCCUGCGGUGACGUUCCGACACAUGAAGCACUCGCCGCGACGUCUCUUCUCCGUGAACAUUUGCCCGGCGUGAAAGUGCGUUUCGUCAACGUGGUCGACCUAUUCCGCCUCAUCUCCGAAACAAACCACCCGCAUGGCAUGUCGGACCGACAAUGGAAGGCGCUCUUCACCGAGGACAAGCCUAUCAUCUUCAACUUCCAUUCAUACCCCUGGCUCAUCCAUCGAUUGACAUACAAGCGACCGGGCCAACAUAAUCUACACGUCAGGGGAUACAGAGAAAAGGGCAAUAUCGAUACGCCGUUCCAGCUUGCUGUCAGGAAUCAGACCGAUCGGUAUCGCCUGGCUAUCGACGCGAUCGAUCGGAUACCCGGGCUUGGUAACAGAGCAGCAGGGGUCCGUGAGACGUUCAUUAACUUGCAGCUGGCGGCGAAGGAGGACACUAUGGAAAACGGCAUUGAUCCAGAAUAUAUUCGCAAUUGGAAGUGGCCGUAUCCGAAGAAUCAGGAGGGAAAUGUCUAUACCAUGUAGUCGGAUAUUGAACGAUUUU